GGCGGAAAACACCAAAGCUUGACGUGUGUUGACGUCACGACAAGGGACAUGUUAAUAAUUUACUAAUGUAGGCUUUUGUUUGUGCCGGGUUGUUAAAUAAAACAGUGGAGCAGCAAAAGAAGACAACGCAAGGACUUUUGGCCCAUCGUCACUUCCGCUUCUCAUUGAUUCAACUAACGGCGAGUUCACGUCGGUCACAUUGUGGCGAUUGAGUGAAUUUUAAAGACAUGGUUCACAAGAAAGAGCCUGAAUCAGAGCCUCGGCUUUAUGGCUUUACCAGAACAGCGUCUGUUGUGUUGACCCACCUCAUCUGCUUUGGCUUCGCUGUCUUCAUCUCAGUUCUCUCUCAACCUGGUACAAGUUGGUUUUCUUGGCAUCCUUUCUUGAUGACCCUAGCUUUUUCCUUCUUCAUGACAGAAGCUAUACUCCUCUUCUCACCUGAGGGCUCUCCUAUCAAAAGUUUUUCACACAAAACCAAAGGUGGUGUUCACCGGCUCCUGCAGGGCCUCUGUGCUUCUUGUGCAGUCCUGGGCUUUGCUGCCAUCUUUUAUAACAAACACCUGAGUGGUAAACCCCACUUCACCUCGUGGCACGGUCUGUUGGGCCUGCUGACAGUGUGUGUGGUCAUUGCGCAGUCCUUGGCAGCGAUGCCUCUCAGUUAUCCUUCUCUAGCCAAAGGCUGGUCCCUCGCCAAACUCAAGCGCUACCACGCGGCGUCUGGACUCAUCACCUACCUGCUUGGCAGUGCCAGCAUGCUCCUGGGCCUCUGCUCUGUGUGGUUCGCUGGAGCUGUCAGAGAAUACACCUGGUACCUGUCAGCACUCUGCCUGGUGCUCAGUGCCUUGGUCAUAAUGAACCAAGUCUCCAGAUCUUACAUGGCUAAAAAACGGUUCCAGUCCUGAUGAGGAUGUAAAAGAACUUAAGAUGAGCUAGCCUCACAGAUUAAACUUAUUUGAGUUGGAUGUUUGUUUGUUUUUAAACUGAUUUACAUGGAGGGCAAAAGGUGCUGGUUUUUGCUGCCAUGAGCCUCCCUGAUGUUUUGUUUGUUUGUUUGUUUUUGAAGAAGAAAAGGCACUAUGUGUGAUUUAUGAAAUCCUUUUUCAAUACGCAUGGAACAAGAGCUGCAAUUGUUGACACUGAGGUCAUGUCUUAUGUAGUCUUUGUUGGAUUUUGGGUUAUCAACAAAUAUCAGCUAUUUGCUGAUCUUAAUGCUAUCAGCAUUUGUAAUAGCCAGUAAAUGAGAAUUAAAGAUGAGACAGAGGAAGCAGCCUUUAUAUUUUGAGUGUCGAGAAGAGUGUAAGCGAGUAAAUAAAUAACUACACAUCAACGUUAAAUGUUGAAAGAAAAUAAAAUAUUGGCACAUUUAUUGGAUAUUAGAUUUUUAUAUCAACUAUCAGCAUUUGUAUUGUUCUUUAAAAAAAACUGACACCAGUUGGCCUCUAAUUUUGGGGUAGAUGCUACCAAAGCUGCUGUCUGGCUUGUUUGUUUAGUUUCUGCUACUUCAUGUUAGCUUUAACUUAAAGUUUUUGUGUUAAGUAGAAAAUGUUGCAGUUUUAAACCAACAAACAUGCAAAGGGUGGAAUGUUGGAGCUAGUACUUAUUCAAUAAGGGAUUUUAAAGAAUGAUAUGUGUGUAUAUACAUGUAUGAAUAUAUACACACACCAUUUAUUUACUUGUUUAUGCUCUCUUCGGAUCAACUGGUGUUUGUGGUGUUCCAAACAUGGAAGGUGCAGGGUGCCCUCUGCAAAAUCAGCACUCAAUAUAGUUGAAGGGUGUUUCCCCGUCUUUUAAAAUUUUAAAGUUUUCAUUCAUUUAUAGAUAAGCAAAUACCUAAUAUUUUAAUAUUAUUAAAAGCCCAUAAUAUACUGUAUAUUGACCUGACAUUGAAAUAACGUUGACCUCUUCUCAGGUUACUGAUGAUCCUGUCAUUUGAUUGUUUGUACUGUCACAUUUGGAUACAUCAUGGCUUUUAAAAUAAAUGUAUUUGUGUAUGAUUGACACUGCGA